UCCGUUUCUAGGCGACCGUGACCGUCUGAAAGUUCUGUUAGAAUGCGACAGUUGCAAGAAAGAAAAACGCUUCAGUCGUCAACGUGUGCGUGCGUGCGUGUGUUUCGCGGGAUAUCUCUCUUUUAAAACAAUAAUAACUUUUAACAACAACUAAAAGGUAACUUCAAUGGUUUUGAAUAACGGUAGGUGAUGUGCACAGCACAGGAUGGAAAGAUGUUGCAGGACAUGGAGCAGCGACUGCAGGAGGAAGGUUUGGACCCCUCGGCCUCCAUUAGUGAGCGCUUGUCUUUGCUGUGGCAGCUUUACAAGAGCAGUGAAAAUACUGUGAAGUCCCUCAACCAACAGAUACAAGAUCUUCAGAAGGAACGGGUCGCUGAGAUUGAAAAGGUUCAGCAAUACAUCAAUCACAUUAAGAGUCUCACAAAGACCCGAGACUCUGUGGCUUUACAUCUCGAACAAGAAAACAUAACUCUCCGUGCGUCUCUGGACGACGUCCACCUGCAGCAAGAGGCUCAGAGGAGCGAGGUCUCCGAGAUGUUACUUCAGGAAGGUCUGGCUGAUAUUAUCCCCAUCAGCUUGAGUGAACAGGUAGCCUACCUCCUCGCAGACAGAGCAUCCCUGCUGGAGAAGAUACAGAGCCAGGAUGUGGAUGUGAAGAGCGCAUGCCAUCCUGAUGUCCAAACGUCGCAGGGUUGUGAAGAUAAUGUGGUCAAAGUGUCAUCACCACUACACGUUCAGAGCCCUUGGAAGCGGCUCCUAGGACUCAGAAAGGCAGCUCAGAGUAAACAGAAAUUAAUGCCUCAAGCGGUUGACAUGCGGUGCAGUGGGGAUGACAAGCUGAAGGGAUGGACGUUACAAGAACUGGAGCGAGAUAUAGAAGAAGCCUCAGCCCGGCUCUCCAUGGCCCACAAGGAGAUCCGCAGACUCACGGAUGAGCUCGAGUCUGCUCACUUGACGCAGAAGGCUUAUGAACCAGAGCUGCAAGAAGCUCAAAUGGAAGUUGAAUUCCUCCGACACGAAGUGGAGAAACUGAAACGCUGUGAAGUGGCUGAACUGCGAAAAAUAAAAGAGAUAAAUGAGAAACAGGAAGAAGAACUGUGUUAUCUUAGGGUGUGUGUGAAGAGACUACAGGCAGAGCGUGUGAAUUUGCUUGAAAUGGCAGAAGCCCCUGACAGCACUGUCACUCCAUCCAAAGCCCAGAAGCUGCAGGAAGAGGAUAUUCAUAAACGGUGUCUCGAUGAGAUGCAGGAGAGGUUGAUCACGCUGCAGGAUCUGACUCGGCUCACACUGAAGCUGCGGAUGGAGUUUGAGAUGGAGGCGGACCUGCGGAGGAGAGCAGUGGAUGACUGUGAAGAGCAGAAGAGGAAGAGGACGGAGACGGAGCAGUUAGUGCGAGACUUUCAGAACCUCUGUGAGAAGCAGUCGAGCGAUUACAGGUCCACCGUCAGCAGCCUUCAGCUCGAGAUCAGAGAUUUAGUAUCUAAGGUGCGAGAGCUAGAGGUGCAGGAUGUGGAACGACAGUGUGACAAACACCUGAAGCAGUUGUCCUCUCUGGACGCUGAAGUUCGCCGGCUGAAGUUUGUCCUCCAGGAGGAGCAGCAGAAGACCAGACAGCUGACAAAGACCACGCAGAUAGAAAUCCAUCAGGCCAGAGCUUUGGUCCAGUCACAGGAAGUCCAGCUUCAGCAGGACGCAGAGGAGCAGAAGAGUCUGUUUAAGGAGCUCCAGGGCAUCCAGAAGAUCCUCAGCACCACCAAACAAGAGCUGCUGUCCCAGAGGAGAAACAACACACAACUUCAACACAGCAUCAGUGACGCGGAGCAGGAGAACCACAGGCAGCUCCAACAAGACAUCAGUGACUUGAAGAACAGACUAACCAGCAGUCAACAGGAGACGGACUCACUGAGGACUGAACUUCAGCUAGCUCUAGUUAGCGUGGACACUGAGAGGAGUAAAUACAACGACAAGCGGAUCCACUACAAAAACAAGCUGAGCCGGGCCAGAGGGCUUUACCUGAGAGAGACGGGGUGGCGGGACGACAAAAUCAAAGAGCUGGAGAAAGAGAUUUUUAUUCUGAGGAAACAGGAGGAAAAGACGUCACACAUGAUGACGAUGGUCACAUCUGAAAAUGAGAGUCUGCUUCAGAAGAAGAGAGAUCUUCUUUUACAGCUGCACGACUUCGAAGAGGCACAGAAAAAUGCUUCGGAUACAGUUUCCUCCAUGCAAAUUAGGAUAAAUUUGCUUGAAGAAGAAAACAGUCGGCUACAACAGACAACAGCACAAAUGUCCGAGCACAUCGAAUGCCUGGCGAUUCUGGCCGAGAACAAUUGUGAUCAGGAAGACACCGCUGAGAGUCGUGUCAUAGAGGGCGAGGACCAAACCACUUUUCCUACAUAAACUUCACUUUUAUUUUCGGUAUAAAUUGUU